CAUGUUCUUAUUCCGCUAGCUUCGGGAAGGUUGUCUUGCGUACACAUUAGAAAUAGGACGCCGGAAACUGCUUUGCUGUAGCCAGGCUAACGCCACCGGGCAGGGUCUUCUCCCGGCGACCGCUGGGGCUUUGACAGACUUUAGACCAUACUUUAGGAAACUCAAACAGUUGAUCUGAACCUCCGCUGCAGACAUGCGUCGUGGUCCACUGGUCUGAUAUCUACCCCGCUGGUCUGAUAUCUACCCCGCUGGUCUGAUAUCUACCCCGCUGGCCUGUUAUCUACCCCGCUGGUCUGAUAUCUACCCCGCUGGUCUGAUAUCUACCCCGCUGGUCUGAUAUCUACCCCACUGGUCUGAUAUCUACCCCACUGGUCUGAUAUCUACCCCACUGGUCUGAUAUCUACCCCACUGGUCUACCUGCAGUUCACGGACGGGGGAGAAGAGGCCAUGUCCAAGAUGAGCCACUGGAGGGAUAUGGAGAACGGUGAGCUGCAGCGCCAGUACUCCCCCAGCCAGUGGUCCCACCGUCUGUCUGCGGAGGCUGUGGUCACGGCCCACGUCACCGCGCUGACGGGAGGGACGCUCCGAGCCCGGGAGCUGGCCCAGACCCUCCUCAACGUGCCGUACGGAGAGGGAGACGGAGAGAAGCUGGACGUCUACAUCCCCAAGGACAGCUCUCUGGACGUGUCUCUGGUGAUCUACAUCCAUGGAGGGUACUGGCAGUUCCUCAGCAAGGAGGAGUCUGGGUUCAUGGCCAUCCCCAUGCUUCAGAACGGAGUUGUCACGGUCGCCGUUGACUACGAUAUCGCCCCAAAAGGGAACAUGGACCUGAUGGUGUCCCAGGUCCGGAGGAGUGUGGUGUCGGUCUUGCAGCAGUAUUCUCACAUCAGCGGCCUCUACCUCGUUGGGCAUUCAGCCGGAGCUCAUCUGGCUGCCAUGGUGCUGUCCACCGACUGGUCCCAGUACAGCAUCACACCCAAGAUCACUGGCGCCCUCCUGGUCAGCGGGAUAUACGACCUCCUGCCCCUCCUGUCCACCGAGGUCAACGACCCGCUGAAGAUGACUGAGGAGGCGGCCCUGAGGAACAGCCCCAUGAGGCUGGUCCCUGAGGUCGCCCGCUCCGCCCCCCACUGCCGCAUCGUGGUGGCGCUCGCGGAGCACGACUCGCCCGCCUUCCACAGCCAGUCGGAGGAAUACUACAAGGAUUUGAAGGAAGUAGGACUGGAUGUUGUUCUGGAGGAUGUGCCGAACACCGACCACUUCGACAUCAUUGAGCGAAUGGUAGAUGGGCAGUACCAACUGACACAGCUGCUCCUGAAGAUGAUGGGGAAGAGCUGAGAGGUGAUUCAUCUGCCAUCAACCAUCACCAUAUGAACCCCUGAAUGACGCCAUCAGCCUGCUACACACUACUGUUAUGGUUAUCAUAUCAAUACGAACAUAGUACCAUUUAUAUAUUCAUAUUUCCAGUCUUCUGAUCCCACAUUUCCUCUCAUAUUCAAAUAAAUAAAGAUCAUAUGACUGUGCUAUGAUUCUGUAUUAUGUUAAACGUCGUUACUAUCACUGUGAUGAGUUACUCCUCACUGUGGUUCUGCAAAUAUACGACUAUUAAAGUUGGAUUUGUGAUCAAUCAACCACAGCUUGAACUGU